AUGUUACGUAAAAAUCCUAUUUCAAGUUCUGCCUUCAAUUAUGGUCGUCACAAGCGCUUACAGUUUCGUUUAUUCUCGUCAAUCGAAAAAAUUUACGAGCUUAGUGGGAGACGUAAGCAGAGACUUGACAUGUUAACAAAGGUUUACUCGCCUCUUAUGAUCCACAAAGAAGGGUCACAAGAAUGGACCAAACUUAUUAAAUCCGGAAAGUCUGGGAGGACUACUUUCGUCCAUUUGAGCUUUCAAGCAGAAUAUAGCGAUUUUUUAAAAGCAAUCGAUGGUCUCAAAGGUUCCUCAAAAGUUUCAUCUGUGGACCUUCUACAAGGGCUGACCGUGGGCUUUACACAGCAAAGUUGUGCCAUAGAAGGGAAUACAUUGGGACUCAAAGAAACACAAAAAGUUUGGAACUCGCUGAAUAAGAACUGCAACUUGAGUGAUUUUCUGAAAAAUCAAGAAAUGCUGUUACCUGCACCAAGUGUUCUUUCUGAUAAGCCAGAAAAUGAAGUCAUCGAAAUCCGAAACCAUUUACUUGCAACUUACUUUCUUUAUAAUAUUUCGUAUAAGUGGAAGCACGAAAUUGACUUUGAUGGUAUCAAGAAAAUCCAUCGCAUUCUUUUAAAAGAUACACGUGUGAAGAUAGUCAAAUUAGAGGAGGGUCAAGCUUAUGAUUAUUCACUUCAUCAACACGCAGGAGAGUUCCGAAAGUUGGAAGUGGAAGCACGUGGUUCUGUUUCCACAGUUUAUCCACUUCCAAUGGAGGUGCCCGCACUGAUGGAAAGAUUCAUACAAUUUUGGUACGAAAGCAAGAAUAGUGGUCUUCAUCCUCUUAUAAUUGCGAGUCGUAUACUUUCAACCUUCCUUCAUAUUCAUCCAUUUAUCGAUGGUAACGAACAUGUUGGUCGUUUAAUUAUGGCACUAUAUCUCAUCCGCAAUGGUUAUCCGCCUAUUAUUUUCCAAGAUAUUAACAGAGAGGAAUACGGAUCUACAUUAUUUCUGGCACAAACAGAAAAGGAUUCAAUUCCAUUAUACGCUUUGGUCGUGCAAACUAUCUUUAAUAUUUUAAUGAGAUACCAAGAAUAA